AUGGCACGGAGAUCCAAGAGUCCCACUCCUCCUAGCUCAGAAAAUGACAAGGCAGAUGAAGAAGUGAAGAGUCAUCAUAAAUCACCAAGAGGCAAUACACGUCCCAGAUCCCCAACUCCAACCGAACCCAUUCAUGACAAAAUUCCUACCCUACCUCCAUCACCAAAACAAACUAUUUCAGUUUCGGUUCCUAUCGAUCCUCCACCCACUACCUCACAACCAACAACUUCUUUACCACCACCUCCACCAGUUACUUCUACUCCUAUUUCUACAACUCAUUUACCACCUCCUAUAAUUUCUCAAACCACUACCACUACGAUUCCUGAACUGACAGUGGAAGUCAACGUAUCUGAUACGGGGGCCACAACUGUAACUAAAACUCCAAUCAUCCAUAAACCACUUUCACCCACCCACUCAACCGAUUCUGGUGCCACUCUCGGUGGUGAGAACGACGAGUAUGACUCUACAUACUUUAGUCCAUAUCGGCUACCAACUGAUGAUGAUGCCGAUGCUCCUAUCACUACCCAACACUUGCAGAACAUUAAUGAGAAACUCGAUCGAUUGCUUGAAGACAGCAAAGCCUAUAGUGGUGAGGUCCUCAAAGCUUUUCUGGAAACUGCUUUGGAACAAUAUACAGAGUCUAUUGAAAAAUCCACUAAAGCUAUUUUUCUUGAGUCUCUGAAAGGGCAUGCCGACACAAAUGCAGCCAAGGUACAAGCCUAUGUGGAUUCACUUUCUAAGUCCCUUCAAGAAGAAAGCACCAGGUUUGAAGCUGUUCGUUCUUCCAUCCAAAAAGAGAACACUUCACUUCUGAGUUCUGUGUCUUCAAGGCUGGAAUAUCUUCAUGCUGAUCUCGCUAAAGAAAGUGCUUUAAAGGAACAACUUGCCUGUCAAUCAACUCAAUGUGAAGUUCUGAAGGUUCAGCUCGCUCAUGCUGAAAAAUAA